CGGAAAAAGAGCUCUUCCCAUUUAGGCAUCUUAGGAACUUAGUCAUCAAGUUAGGUGCAUAAACUAAGUCUACCUUAUAAAGUUAAAAAAAAAAAGUUAGCAUAUCCACAUGCAUAUAACAAAGGCAUAUAUGCUAUUAUAUUAUGAGUUAAUUUAAAAAGCAACUUUUGACAAUGAGAAAAUUCACAAGACUGUUGAGGUCACGUGGAAGGAAAACAGUCACACUGAUUACGGUGUAGCACGCUCUAGCUCUCCCACUGAGAAGCAAUCUAGCACUGAAUGAGCCAGAAUCAAAUUUGUGUUCGUAAGGAUAACAAAGACAGAAACAAAGAAUGAGGCAUUGAAGGUCAAGGUUAAAGGUGGUGCAAUUGGUUGCUUUGUGGCAAUGAACUAAGUGCCUGUGGCCACAGAGCACAGCAGAGCUUGCUCUUCUUUUGUUCUGGGAUCUUGUUGGCAUCACACAGCAGGGCUGUUUCCUGGGAGUUGUGGCCACCUGCUCGGAUGCCCCCUGUGGUGGCAUCUCACCCUCUCCUGCCCCUCCUGUGGGCAUAGAUGGGUCCAAGGUGGCAACCUGCCCUGCAGUGGCACCGGGGGGCAGCACCCAGGACGACAGGGUGAACCACUUCCAGGAGCAGCAGUGUUUGCAAAGCUGCGCCAGCCAUUCUGCAAGUGACCAAAGAGAGGGGUGGCAGCUGAGGCUUUCCCUUCUCCCUUCCUCCUUUCUUCUGGCCUUCCCCUCCCUGUGGGUUUUUCCAAUGCUCCCUUCAUUUCUCUUCCUUCCUUAUAAUCCCUCCUCUUGUGCCCCCGGUGGGCUGGCUUCAUGCUCCGCCGCCCUGCAGAGAAGUUGCUGUAGGAAUGUACUUCCUUGGUCCCUGCCCAUCUCCCAGCUUGUUCAGCCCCUGCUCCCAGGUCUGAGGGUGGCAGAGUGGGCUGCUGCGAAAGACAGAGAGGAAGCCAAAGGAGACAGCAUGUCGGCACCACCUCCCCGCAUUCCUGGGGCUCUGAGCCUGUUGUAACCCUGAGUGUGGCUGGGACGCCAGGGCUUCCUUCUAACCAGCAAUGACAGCGGUGGGGGGUCAAAAGAAAAGCUGUGCUGCCACCACCACAACAAAUGACAAAUGAAAAAUAAAUUAACUGUGCAAUCACACGUUCAAAGAAUUGCCUUGGGUUCGCCACCAGCAAGCACAAAGGUUGGGAAUGCCAAAAAUCCCUGCCACGCUUCCUUCUUUGUCCUCUCUGAAAGGAAUCUUUAGAGAAGAUGUUUGAACUUCCUCUGAGAGACUGUCUCUGGGAACUGUUGACCUCUGUCUGAUGUGACUAAUAAAGGGAGCUGGCAGAACGUGACAUGCAGUCCUUGGGCACCCACCAGUGUCUGUUUCUGGCACUGUGCCAGAAAGAUCUUCUGGAAUCCAGAAGAUUCCUUCUGGAGAAGCCACUGGAGGCAGUACCUGGUUCCCUGCCGCUCCUGAAGAGGUUCUGAUUCGGAUUGUAAAGGUGCAACUCCAAGGGCUCUGCGAGAGACUUCAGGACAACUUUCUACUUCUCGAUCAGUCUCAGAUAACCAGGAUCAGCCCUCCUGCACAUAACUUCCUUGGCACGCAAAAAUCCGGGCCUGUGAGAACAAAAGCCGUUUGGCACGAUCUGAAACAAACGCCAGGGCUAAGGCGCAGUAGCAGAUCCAGCGUGCGGGGCGCCUGGGUCUCUGAGCUCACUUGGCAAUGAACUUAAUCCACAGCUUGAUUGAUACAAGGCAAAGGCCGCCACGGAACCAUUAGCAUGAAAAUAAUAAAAGAUCUGAAAAUGCCUCUAAUACUAGUUCUAAAGACUCUCACCUCGUUGUUGCGCUUCAGGAAACAAACAAACAAAAACCCUAAAUUCUACAUUCUUCGCUUCUUAAAUUCCACUUAUUCUCAGAAAUGUCAGAGCAAAGCGAGACUUGCUGCCUCCAGGUGUUUGUCUUCUGCCUGGAUCUUCCUGUUAGCCUCCUAGCGCCCCAGGACCUGCCGGUUAUGGGGGCGGUAGAAAUGCAUCCAGCCACCCAGGUGCUUAGCUGAGCGUGGGAACCAGGGAGCUGUGAGGCCUCCUUGUGCAGAGGGAUAGCCCGAGGCUUGGAAAGCUUCCUUGACUCUUCCAAGGUCACAGCACCAGACUCGUUCAAGGUCAAGCUGCUAGCUCGGAGUGCUAUCUUCCUUUUCACUGCCCUGUUUGCCUCCUCACUGCUGCUUUUGGGUGUGAUCCUGCCUUUCUCAGCCCUCUCCUGCAAUUUCCUCCUCUUUUAGGUCUUUUUCUUUUUCCUUCUGCUCAUACUAAUUUUUCUGGAGGAAGCAGGAUGAACUUGUCAUAGACACAGCGGGCGGUGUGUGCACGGGAUGCUGUCAGGGGCAUUUAGAAACCGCCAGCCUCACCCCACCCCACCCCCAGCCCAGCGCUCCAAAUCUCUGGCAGCCCAUUUGCCUGAAAUUCCACGUGUGGAUACCUGUUACCAUGCCGCACCCCUGAUGGGAUAACCUUUUAAAGUGUUGUCAUCCAGGCACACUUCAGUGAAAUAUUUGAGACUAGGCUUUGGUGGGAGGGAAGAAGAGACUUGAGACUAUUUUGUGGUGGCCUUCUACUACCCCCUCCCCAAGCAAGAGCCAGAAUGUGAGGACAGAAAGAAAAACUAGAGCACUGAAUGCAGGUGUGUCUGGCUAUGAAGCGUGGUCGUGCAUCACUAACGACAGGGAUACGUUCAGAGGAAGGCGUUGUUAGGCGAUUGCAUUGUCGUGCAAACAUCACAGAGUGUAUUUGCACAAACCUAGAUGGGAUAUAGCCCACUGCACACCUAGGCUAUGGCAGAUAGCCCAUUGCUCCUAGGCUACGAGCCUGUACAGCAUGCGACAGUACUGAAUACUGUAGGCAACUGUAACAUAAUGGUAAGUAUUCGUGUAUCCCAACAGAUCUAAACAUAGAAAAGGUACAGUGAAAAUAGGGUAUUACAGUCUUAUGGGGCCACCGUUGUAUACAGACUGUACGUUAAUGCAUCACGUUCUUUGUCAUCUUGAGGCCUUUGCCUAUGCUGUUCCCUCUGCUUAGAAUGCUUUUCCCUCCCCGACCCCUCCUCCUGGCUGUCUUCAACUCAUCCUCCAGACUCAGAUAUCAAUUCCUCUGCGGGCGCUUCUGCAGCCCCUGCCCCCCUCCCCAGAGUGCACCCCAGGCCGGGUAUGUGCUCAUCCUCUGUUUCCGUGCCAUUCUGCACUUCCACGGCCUUGACACUGAGGACUCUGCAUGUAACUACCUGUAGCUCAGGGUGGUGUUCGCAACACAGUUGGUCUUUUAGUUUCUUUCCAUCAAUUUAUAUCCAGAUCUGAGUCUGUAUUCCACUGGGUUGGCUGGAAAUUCCAUUUCAAUCAGAUCGGACCCCUCCCUGCCUCCUUAGGGCCACACAGGAAUCUGAGAGGCUUACGUGGUGUUGGGAAAACUAGGAAAUGAUCUUGAAUUUUUAGUGCAUCGGGUAGGGCGAUGACGUCUCAUUGUCUAAGCCUGAGAAGUCCUCUGAGACCCAGCAGCCGUCUGUGUCCGUUUCUGUGCCAGACACAAAGCACAAAUAUCUUUGCUGGGGUCGGAUCCUGGGUCCCAGGGAUUAGUUAGCCCGUUCCAUGCUGUCUCCAGUGUUGUCUGUGCUCUGCCAGGGACUGGGGCACAGUCCCUGCUCCUGGGAGCUACAGACGUCUAUGCCCUGCUCCUGGGAGGACACUGGCAAUGGGGGGACUCCAUUUGUCCCCACUUCUUUUCAGUGACUGUAGCCUCUCCUAAAACAAUGAGAUGUUGUCUUCAAGCAGCUUCUCCUUUGGGCAUUGUCAACACCCAUGGGACAAAGAAAUAUGGAAAUCCCGGACACACUCAGCAGGGAGAACAAACACAAAUCAUUAUCCCAAUAAGUUGUCCUGCCAUGCUUUGGAGCCUCAGGGGCAUUCGCAGGACCUAGAGCCUGGUUCACAGUAUGUAGCAUGUACUUGAGGAUGUGGAUAAAAAGUAAAUGUUGAAUCUUAGUUGGCUCAUGGCUGCCACUUAGGGUUUUGCAGGUUGUGCACUGCACAAAUCUAGAGGAUCCCACUCAAACAGAUUUGAUUAUUUACUGAGACAGCUUUCUGGCAGAUGUCUUGUAAAGCAUUUUGGAGAGAGGGAACUUUUUUCUAAUUUGUAAAAAUUCAUAUGAUUUAGGCCUUCCCCGAGGCUUGUACUGUUUUCUGUAUUUCCUCAUUAAAUUCCUUGCAUGCAACAAGUAGUAAAGCAUGAGAAACAAAAUAUUGAGAAAUCCAGAUCACUUUUUGCUUGAUAAAAAUGCUGUGCGAUGCUGUUGACCUUAUUAAUCCACGUGAGCUACGUCCAGAAGCUUAAUAAAAAUGAGUUGCAGAAGAGUUAGGAGAUCAGGAAAGAAACAGAUUCGGAAUUAAAUGAUUCCUGCCCAAAGUUAUGUCAAAUUCAUUAUGCAAAAGCGUGGUUAGUUCAUGCCUGCACGAGUUGUGGUUAUUUGCCACUCUGUUUGUAGAAAUUUAUAGGCAGCCCCUUCUAAAACGUGGUGUUUUUGUUUUUACAAGGUGUCUUUUUCUUAAUCUCUUUCUUGAUGUAAUCUGAACGUGUUCCUCAUUUUGUCUCCACUAAUAAUUGCAAGUAAGGUUUUCUCCGACCUUACUAAAGUGGCUUGUGUCUACAGGAGGACUCAUUUGUGCUUUCAAAUUAAAGCAGAUACUCUGCAUUUGGGUUUCUGUUUUGUUUUUUUACAGAUCACAUGGCAAAGGAGCCAGUGGAAGACACAGACCCUAGCACUUUAUCCUUUAACAUGUCAGACAAAUAUCCCAUUCAAGAUACGGGACUCCCCAAAGCUGAGGAGUGUGAUACAAUUACUUUGACCUGCCCACCAAAUUCUGAUAUGCAACAUCAGGGAGAAGAAAAUGGCUUUCCAGACAGCACUGGAGACCCCCUUUCAGAUACCAGCAAGGACAAGUCCUGCAAAGAAAACUGCACUUGUUCCUCCUGCUCGCUCCGGGCUCCCACCAUCAGUGACUUGCUCAAUGAUCAGGACUUACUGGAUGUGAUCAGGAUAAAGCUGGACCCGUGUCACCCCACGGUGAAGAACUGGAGGAAUUUUGCAAGCAAGUGGGGCAUGCCCUACGACGAGCUGUGUUUCUUGGAGCAGAGGCCGCAGAGCCCCACCUUGGAGUUCCUGCUGCGGAACAGCCAGCGGACAGUGGGCCAGCUGAUGGAGCUCUGCAGGCUCUACCACAGGGCCGACGUGGAGAAGGUUCUGCGCAGGUGGGUGGAGGAGGAGUGGCCCAAGAGGGGGUGUGGAGACCACCCCAGGCACUUCUAGAGCUCUGCGCCUCCCUUCUGUAGCCUCUCGGGACAUCGAACCCACCGCAGGUCAAGGAGGAGUGUGGAUCUGUCCUAAGAGUUUAGGACAAGGACGUGGAACGGUGGACAUUGGUUUUCCCCAAAGCUGGUGGUUCUGUGGAGGGGUCGGGUUUGUUUUGGUGGCGGAUAUUUGUUUAUUUUUGCACAUCUGUUUUAAUUUAAUAUUUGAAUCUGGAGUUGGCAAAAAAAAAAAAAAAUUUGUAGGCUCAUAGAGGGGCCGAGGCCUACAAUCAGAGUGGAUUCGUGCCAUGAUCAAAAUAAAAUUAUCCUCUCCCUUGAAUCCUGCUGAGGACGUCAGUGGGACCUGGGACUAUUCAUGGCCCCGGACAUACAUGCAUCGUCCUAUGUCAGAUCCUUCGUGAUCAGUGGCAUUCCCAUGGCUUAGAAGGAAACGACAAGGAGAAAUUACCCUGUUUUGUUGGUUUGUUACUUUUUUUUGUUAUAAAGUGCUUCGGUGAAUUAAUAAGAUGCUGGUAUUACGUGACGAUACCUUCCAGAACAUAUGCGCUGCCUUUUUUAUUCAAAUCCUUGUUAUAAUCUGUAGACUACCAACAAUGUCAUUUGCUCGGGUAUUUUGAAAAGAAAUACAAAAAUGGAUGGUUAUGGGGGGAACAGAGUCAGGAACUAGUGGGGUGAUACAGCCAUGGGAGUGGUGUUUGACCAAGAGAAUUACUCAAAACGCCCUUUUGUUACCCGGGACUUUAAAAAAAAAAUCAAUUUAGUACUGAGUGCUUCACCCCUGAAAUGAAAUUCAGUUAAGAAAUAAAUAAAAAUCCCAUGGCCCAUUGGUGAAAUGUACCAGCUCUGGCACCUACUGUCCCAGCUUCCGACAGAAACCUUGUGACACUACGCAGCAGUUUAGCCAAGAAGGAGGAUUCGUUCUGUUGUUGCUGGGAGGGUCAAAUCCAAAUUUUAAAAGGAUUUUAAACCAAAUGAAAAUUUUGUUUCAAAGA